AUGAAACGCUAUAAUUUAAGUGCUCUAAUUCUGGUAUUUGCCUGCUAUUUACCUCUAAUUUUUACGGCUGAAAAUUCUACCGUACCCCACCUGGAAAAUAGCAAUUUUUAUUUGAAUCUAACGACUACGGUAUUGGACAAUCGCCGAAAAAUCCCGAACAUCGAAAAAGACUACUUUGAAGACACGCAGGGCCUGAAUUGCAUCUACGGAAUACAGGGUACAUUUGACGGCGAGGCGCUAGAAGUGCCCGAGCAGUACAAGGAAUGCGACGAUCAAACAAAGUACUGCCAAAAAAUCUCCGCGCAUUACGUGUCGGUGGCCGAGAUCACGAAAAUCACGAUGCGCGGCUGUGAUCGGAUGACGAUCGAGGAAAAUUCGCAGAUACCGUACCAUCCCAUAAGAUGCAAAAAAGCCGGCUGCAGCGAGUAUAAAUCGGAAUUUGACCACGAAAUCUACCACGUGUGCUGCUGCAAUACUGAUUUUUGCAAUGGCGUAGAACCGAUUCAU